UUUAUCUUGAAGCCAUGAAAAUUAUUAUGGCCCAAAAAAUUAGAACUCAAAAUAGUUUACAGAGAUCAGCGAGCCGAAGGCAGUUGGAGUAGAGAGAAACAUGGUUUAUGCGUAUACACAAAACCUUUACUAAAAAACAAUCCUCCCUCUUCAUCAGAUUCCCUCCCGCUUCUCUCUCUCUCUCAUCUUCGGUUCUAGUUUCCGGCAACAACAAGAAAUUCAGAUUGCUGGAUUCUAACCCACUACAGAAUUUCCUGUUCUUGCUGCUUAUCAAGUUAUCAUCAUGGAUGAUGAUGUAGUGCACCGAGUUUUACAAGAAGGUGGUCGGGAUUACUACCAAGAAACCCCCUCUACUUCCUCAUCGUCUCCGUCUAUUCUCCAAUCUCUUCCUCUUCACGCGUCUUUUGAUCGUGGGUAUUACUUGUUGGUGAAAUCAAUUCAAGAACUUAGAUCUAAAAAAGAGGGCAUUGUAGCUGUUGGCAUUGGUGGUCCUAGUGGAUCCGGUAAAUCAAGCUUAGCAGAAAAAGUGGCAUCCGUUAUUGGUUGCAGUGUCAUAUCAAUGGAAAACUAUCGCACUGGAGCUGAUGAAGGAAAUGAUUUGAGUUCAAUAGAUUUUGAUCUUCUAGUUCAGAAUCUUCAGGAUUUGUUGAAGGGUAAAGAUAUAUUGACACCCGUGUUCGAUUUCCAACAAAAAAGACGCAUUGGAACUACAGAAAUCAAGAGUACCUCUUUCGGGGUGGUAAUAGUUGAUGGCACUUAUGCUCUUCAUGCAAGACUACGCUCGCUGCUAGACAUUCGUGUGGCAGUGGUUGGUGGAGUGCAUUUUAGUCUUCUUUCCAAAGUGAAAUAUGAUAUUGGAGAGUCUUGUUCAUUGGACAAUCUAAUUGAUAGCAUUUUCCCUUUGUUUAGGAAACAUAUUGAGCCAGAUCUUCACCAUGCACAGAUCAGAAUCAACAAUAGUUUUGGUCAAUCAUUUAGAGAUUCAAUUUACAAGCUCAAAUGUAAAAGCGAGUCAGAAAGUGGUCAACCCGUGUACUCUUUUCCAAAGAAGGAAGCACAGAUUGAUAAUUUCAUUGAGAUGUAUUUAAGGCCUCCAUCAGCAAGUGAAGAAGCACGUGUUAAUGAUUGGAUUAAAGUGAGACAAAGUGGCAUCAGAUAUUAUCUUUCAUUGGGUGACCGAAGAAUCGUUGACAAAAAUUUCAUUAUUCGCCCAAAAGCCGAGUUUGAGGUGGGAAGAAUGACCCUAGGUGGGUUAUUGGCUUUAGGUUACAAUGUUGUUGUGAGUUAUAAACGCGCAUCAAAAUCAAUCAUUUAUGACAACCUUUCAAUCUCCUUGGAGACAAUCGAUACUCUUUCCGAAACAUAUUUAGUCCUUAGAGGAAGAGAUAGAAAAAUGGUUGAAGCAGAGGCAUUAAGGCUAGGGAUAACAGGACCAUGGAUCACAAGAUCAUAUCUAGAAAUGAUUCUUGACACUAAAGAACUUGUGAACAGGGAUGAUGACAUGUCACAACCAUGGACUCGAUCCCCCACCAAGUCCAAAGUGGAGCCGGUUUUAGCCCCAUGGCAAUUCAUCUCAUCGGAUGGAUCUUCAAUUGAUCCUUCUUCUUUCAGGGAUACGAAUACACUGCAGCUUGCUCCAAUGCCUGAUUCUUUUGAUCUUGAUAGGGGACUGUUACUUGCUGUACAAGCAAUACAAGCUUUGUUGGAGCACAAGGGUAUGCCGGUCAUUGUUGGAAUUGGAGGGCCAAGUGGGUCCGGGAAAACUAGUCUGGCCCGCAAAAUGGCAAAUAUUGUUGGUUGUGAAGUUAUUUCUCUUGAAAGUUAUUAUAAAUCUGAGCAAUCAAAAGACUUCAAAUAUGAUGACUUCCGCUCACUUGAUCUACCUUUACUCACAAAGAAUAUUGGUGAUAUGAGAAGAGGUAGGAAAGCAAAAGUACCUGUAUUUGAUUUAGAAAGUGGGGCCCGCAGUGGGUUUAAAGAACUUGAAGUUUCUGAAGAUUGUGGAGUAGUCAUAAUUGAAGGUGUUUACGCUUUACACCCUGAUAUCAGAAAGUCACUCGACCUCUGGGUUGCUGUUGUUGGAGGCGUACAUUCACAUCUUAUUUCUCGAGUUCAAAGAGACAAAAGUAAAGCAGGAUGCUUUAUGUCCCAAAAUGAAAUCAUGACAACCGUCUUUCCUAUGUUCCAGCUUCACAUUGAACCCCACCUUGUUCAUGCACAUUUGAAAAUCCGUAAUGAUUUUGACCCUGUGCUAUCCCCCGAAAGCUCAUUAUUUGUAUUAAAAAGCAACAAACAAGUGGCAUAUCAAGAUAUUUUAAAGUUGCUUGAUCCUAAAAAGAUUUGCAGCUCUGCUCAAAAUUUUAUUGAUAUAUAUUUAAGGCUUUCUGGGAUUCCAAGUAAUGGACAGUUAACAGAGAGUGACUGUAUGCGUGUGAGAAUAUGUGAAGGCAGAUUCGCACUACUCAUAAGGGAGCCUAUACGAGAAGGGGAUUUCAUAAUUCAACCAAAGGUGGACUUUGAUAUCAGCAUCAGUACAGUUUCUGGUCUUCUUAAUCUUGGGUAUCAAGCUGUAGCUUACAUUGAAGCAUCUGCAUAUAUCUACCAAGAUGGAAAGCUUUUAAUGGAGGUUGAUCAUUUGCAAGAUGUCCCGGGGCCAUAUAUACAGAUUAAAGGGGCAAAUAAGGAAGUUGUUGUAGCUGCUGGUUCGGCUCUUGAGCUUGAUGGUUCAUACACCACAAAGAGUUACCUUGAAAUAGUACUGGAAAAAUUACCAGCAUCGGAGAGAAAUUCGAGUGGGAUCAAUGCUCAACAAGCUGCACGGUUGCAAGAACUUGUAGAAAACAUUCAAUCUCAGCAGGGUAGCAGUUCAUCAUCUGAGUCAUCACCAAGUAGGGAGGCUAUUUCUCCCAUGGAAGGUGUGAUUGAAGAUAUGCAGUCAAGAAUCAAGAGACUCGAACGGUGGCAGGCAAUUAAUACAGUGCUAUGGACAUUUUUGAUGUCUGCCUUUGUUGGAUAUUCACUAUAUCAAAGGAAGCAUCAGUAAAAUUUAAUUACAAGUUUUCAGGUGAAAAGUUUAGAAAUAAUGAACAUAUUUGAAAACUAACACCAAGAACCCCAGACUAACUACAUACAUAGCAGUAAUUUUUUUUUUAAAAAAUUUCUAUUUAUUGAAAGAAACUUUACAAAACAGUGAAAUUAUAAAUUUAAGGGCAAAGUACAGUUUUCGUCAAUGUGUUAUGCUGAAAGUUACUGAUUUCGCCUCUUUUGUGUCUUUUAUAGAACUUUUUGCAACACUUUUCGCCCCUCAUGUGUCAUUGUGUUUGGCUUAGCUUUUAAAAGUUCAAAAGAACUUUUCCAAAAAGUUACAAAAAGUCAGGAUUUCCUGACUUUUCCAAAAGUUAUAAGUUUGCUAAACAUCUUUUUGUUUUUUUUCUUUUACAAAAAUGACUUUUGGUUGUGAAAAGCUAAGCCAAACACCC